AUGGGUUGUCGAUUGGCUCUGGUCUUAGCCAUUGGCAUGGCUCUUUCUGGCAUCUCUGCGGGUGCUAAUCUGGCUGAGGCCGGAAAGCAGGAUGCAUCGUUCUCUCCGUUCCCUACCCCGUUGGGCUCUAGGCUCCCCCGUGAUAAUGCCGCAACUACGGUAGAGGCAAUAGAAGCAAGGCAGAACAAGAAUGUCCCGCCAGUUUGGGGAGAUCCUCGCCAUCCUCCUCCAACACACCAGAGAAGGUCGGAAGCCGACAUCGAAAUAGAGGCACGGCAGCACAAGAAUGUCCCACCGGUUUGGGGGGACCCUCGCCAUCCUCCUCCCCCAACGCACCAGAAGAGAUCAGAAGCUGCUGCCGAAGUGGACUCUGGCGAAUGGGCCUCUCGCGUAACGAAGCGUAAUGAUUUUCAAAAGCGACGCUGCCGGAUGCUUACGCCAGUUCCUCCCGACUGUGGGCUUGAUCAAACUAGGACGUCCUAA